GUUCACUCACUUGCAGAUUAAUGUCCACCAAUCUCAUAACUUGAUCAUAGAUGAAAACGAACAGUAAAACGCAAUGCACGGAUAUUUGAGAUUCAGAUUUGACAGUAAAUACAUUUAUCGUCAUUCAAAUAACUUCAUUCUUAAUCGUCUGACUAUAGGCGGGUGUGGCCAGUUGGGGAACUGACGAAGGAAAGUUUAUUCGUAUUUUCACUCAAAGAAGCCGUCCACAACUUGGUGCAACAUUCCCAGAGUACAAGAAAUUGACUAAUAAAGAUAUCGCCGAGUCAAUUGAUAACGAGAUGGACGGAGAUCUACAGAAAGCGUUCUUAACAUUAGUAAAAUGCGUCCGUGAUCCAACUGGUUUCCACUCGGACAAACUUCACAAAGCACUAGAAGAAGGUGACACUAAAACUGUGGCAAGAAUUAUUCUUGGCAAGAAUAAAGCUCAGCUGGACCAGCUUACAACAGCAUACAAAAAAGCUCACAAGAUGGAACUCGCAGAUGAAAUUGAGAAGAAAUGCAAUGGAGACUUGAAAGCAAUUAUUCUUGCUAAGCUAGGAAAAGGCAAAGAGAAAAAGAAACAACCCGCAAAGCCGGCGGAGAAGCAGGAGAAGGCAAAGAAAGAAGCACCGAAAGAAAAACCCAAACCGAAAGCUGUAGCAGCCCAGGACAAGAAAAGUGAUAAAAAUACCGCGAAAAACAAAGAAGACGAAGCCGCACUGGAGAAGGACGCGGAUGAAUUACAUAAAGCGAUCGAAGCUAAAGACAAGAAAAAGAUUGUGGAUAUACUGGCAAAGAACUGCGCUGAUAAGACAAAGCUGCAAAAGCUGCAAGACAAAUACAAGAAAAAACAUAAUCAGGACUUACUUGAAACGGUUAAGCCAAUACUAGACGAGGAUGUACAAGAGGCCGUGGAAUCGCUGUUGAUGGACAGCGCAGCACAUGAUGCUAAAAAUCUCUAUAACGCUACUAAGGGCCUGGGCACUGAUGAAGACAUGCUGAUUGAGGUUCUUUGUACAAGAACCAACUCGCAACUGAAAAAGAUCAAUACAGCUUACAGCAAAAUGUAUGGCAAUACAUUAGAGUCCGACCUGAAGGGAGAUACGAGCGGCGACUUGGAGACAAUACUUGUGGAGCUAAAUAAAGGUCAGAGAGAUGAGUCUACUAAAGUUGACAAAGAGAUGGCCAAGAAAGAUGCUAAAGAACUUCAAGAGGCGGGUGUGGACAGCUGGGGAACUGACGAAGGAAAGUUUAUUCGUAUUUUCACUCAACGAAGCCGUCCACAACUUUGUGCAACAUUCCCAGAAUACAAAAAGCUGACCAACAAAGACAUUGCAGACUCAAUCGACGCUGAGAUGGAUGGCGAUUUACAAAAAGCCUUUAUGACAAUUGUUAAAUGUGUCCGUGAUCAAACAAGCUUCCGCUUGAACAAACUUCAGACAGCAUUAAAGGAAGGUGACACAAAGGCUGUAGCAGCAAUCAUCCUCACUAAAGACAAGGCGCAGGUCGGUGAACUUGUGGCGGCCUACAAGAAAGCAAACAAAGUGGAACUUGCAGAUGAGAUUGACAAGAAAUGCGAAGGAGAUACAAAGACGCUGAUACUAGCAAAGCUCGGAAGAGGGAAAAAUAAGAAGCAGCAACAGAGGCCUGGAGCCAAACAAGACGCGUCCAAAGCAAAACCUAAAGCAAGUCAGGAGAACAAGAAAACCGACAAAAACAGCGAGGAGAACAAAGAAGCAACAAUGGAGAAAGACGUGGAUGAAUUACGAACAGCUGUGGAUGCUGGUGAUAAGGACAAGGUUGUGGACAUAUUAGCAAAAUAUUGUGACGAGAAAUCCAAAUUACAACAGCUGAAAGACAAAUAUAAGAAGAAACACAAUCAGCACUUACUAGCGGCCGUCAAACCGGUUUUGGAAGAAGAACAGUUGCAGGACGCGGUUGAUUCUCUCUUGAUGGAGAGUUCUUCGUACGACGCAAAAAUUAUGUAUAACGCUAUGAAGGGCCUGGGCACUGACGAAGAUGUGUUGAUGGAAGUUCUUUGUUCCAGAGAUAACGCUGAACUGGCCAAAAUUAAAGAGACAUACACAGAAUCGUAUGGCAGGUCGUUAGAAAAGGACCUCAAAGGAGACACGAGUGGCCACUUUGAAGAUUUGUUAGUCGAAUUAAGCAAGGGGCAGCGAGACGAAUCCAGCAAAGUUGAUAAAGGUUUAGCCAAGAAAGAUGCAGAAGCUCUCAUGCAGGCUAGUUAUCUUGGCACGGACGAAGACAAAUUUGUGCAGGUGUUUACUCAGCGAAGUUUUGCUCACCUCAAAGUAGUGUUCCAGGAAUACAAAAAGGUUUGUAAUCAAGAAAUGGACGAAUGCAUCGAGGAGGAAAUGAGCCAAGACUUGGAGAAAGGAUUUUUAGCGUUGGUGAAGUACACUCGAGAUCCUGCUACUUUCUACGCUGCUAAACUCCAGAAAACUUUAACAGAUGGCGAUACUGACACGGCUGGACGCGUCAUUCUCACCAGCACAACGGCCGAGCUAGCAGAUAUCGCAGGAGCGUACAAAAAGCUUACCAGCAAAGACCUCAUCAAAGAUGCUGAAGCAAAGUUCAGUGACAACAUGAAGAAACUGAUUCUUCCCAAACUGAAAAAAGCGGUCCAGGAACAGAAAGAAAAGGAAAAGGCAAGCAAUGAUCCUAAGAACAAGAAGGCAGCGACAGGUGGAAAACAAGAUGGCGCUGCGGGAAAGAAAGCAGACGCGAAACCUACUGCUAACAGGAAACCAUCUCAGAAGAAGAAAAGCCAGCUGGAUGAUAAACAAGAAUAUGCAGCGCUGCGAGACGCUAUUGAUGCCAAUAAUAAAAAGACGAUAAAAGAGAUUGUGUGCAGAAAUCUUGAGAAGAAAGAAGACGCCAAGAAACUAGUGGAGGACUACAAUUCCAGAUAUAGCAAGGAAUUAUUUGAAUCCUUGGAUGAAAAGUUAGAAGAAGAUCUAAUUGAAGCUUUAGCCGCCUUGUCUUUAUCCAAAGCUAUGUACGACGCUCGGAUCUUGGAUCAAGCUAUGCAGGGUUUGUUUACAAAGGAGAUUGUACUGAUUGAAAUUUUCUCAACGCGAACUAACGCGGAAAUCGCAGCCAUCAGACAAGCCUACAAGAAAAAGUACAGGAAAGAGCUUGAACAAGUUAUAAAGGAUGACACGAGCGGCGACUUUGAAACAUUACUGGUAGAACUUUGCAAGGGCAAGCGAGACGAGAGCACAGCGGUGAACGAUGAUUUAGCUCAUAAGGACGCCGAAUCUUUGCUUGAGGCUGGUAUAAAGAAGUGGGGCACAGACGAAGAAACCUUCAUAGAGAUAUUUACGUCGCGCAGUUUCCCACAGCUGAGAGCCAUGCUUCCCGAAUACAAGAAGUGGGCUAAGUGUGAAAUCGAGGACACCAUAGAUUCCGAGAUGUCAGGUGAUCUGCGGCAAGGAUUGCAGACUCUUGUCAAGUGCAUCAGAGACCAGAACCAGUUCCUCGCGGACAAGCUGCAAGUUGUACUUCAUGACAAAUCUACACCUACUGUGGUUAGGAUCAUUCUGGGAGAGAACACCAUCGCUGAGAUCGAGAAGGCUUACAACGCUACGUACAAACCGAAGCUUGCGGCCGAAAUCGAGUCGAAAUGUAGCAAUGAAUUGAAGAAAGUUCUUUUACCGAAAUUGAAAGACACAGGGCCGGACAAAGAGCCACGAAAGGAAGAAAAACCAAAUAGCGAGAAACCUGCUGAAAGCAAACCGGAAGAGAUUAAGCCUCAAAACAGCAAGCCGGAAGUGACGACUUCAGAUCAAAAUGCGGAGGCUAGUGAAAAGCCAAGAGGAAAUGAUGAAGGAUCUGGUAACCAGGAAGAAAAGAAAAAGGAGGAAAGACUACAAUUAACCGUUGAAAAGACCGAGAAUCACGGUACUUUGAAGCCAGCGGAUAACUUUAAUGCUGCAGAUGACGCAGAGACUUUAAAGAAAGCUAUGAAGGGCUUUGGCAGUGACGAGGAAGCCAUCAUUGCGGUGCUCGGAGCGCGCACCAAUAAACAGCGACAAGAAAUUGCUGCCAAGUUUCAACAGGAGUAUGACAAGAACCUUGUAGAUGAGUUAAAGUCAGAGCUGGGUGGAAAGUUUGAAGACGCCAUAAUAGCUUUGAUGUCCUCGCCAGAAUUAUUCGACGCUAAUUCACUUCAUGAGGCUAUGUCGGGUCUUGGAACAGAUGAGGCAGUGCUCAUUGAGAUUUUAUGUUCUCGAAGCUCCGAGCCCUUGUUUUUCAAUACUUCUUUUGUUUCAGUUCAUGGAAAAGAACUUGUCGAAGAAAUAAAAAGCGAGACAAGUGGAGACCUUCAAACAACCUUAAUAAAAUUGGCCGAGGGUGAGAGAAGUUCCUCAGAAAAGGUUGACGAGAAUCUUGCUUAUGAGGAUGCCACCAAACUUCUUGAGGCUGGUGAAGAUAAAUGGGGAACUGACGAAUCGGUGUUUGUUAAGAUUCUCACGACAAGAAGUACCACACAACUUCAAGCAACAUUUGAAGCGUACAAGCAUGUUGCCAAAAUUGAUAUCAUGGACUCUGUGAAUGAUGAACUCACUGGAGAUUUCCAUGACACCAUUGAAGCAAUAGUUCGAUGCACUCGCAAUCCUCCUUUGUUCUUUGCUGAGGCGUUGGAGAAAGCGUUCAGCGGUCUCUCGUCAGACAGCAAGGCCGUCACUCGGAUUGUGGUCACGAGAUCAGAGGUGAGUUACAACGACUUAACCUCACGGGCUGGGCAUCUUGAUAAUAUUCAACUUUGUUUAUUUUCAGUUCAAAUGACUUUAACAUCGAAACCUAGCCCUUUUAUGGACGAAAUAUAAAGAGAGCGUAUCAAGAAAUGGUCUAUUGUUCCGGCUCAACAUCUCACUUUGAGCAAAAAUGAAUAGCCUUUUGUUCUUGGUAGCCCGGAGGGACUUCGUCCGAAGCCAAGCCAAGAUCGUCGCCGUUGUUCGAAAAACUUUCGGCACAACAAUUAAGCUGCACUUGAAUGAACUCAAUCUUAGUAAACAAAUCUAGAACGGUGGAGUCGUGAUUCACAAAAAAAUACGUUGAGAGUAAAGCGAAAAUUAUUAAACGUUUUUGUGUUAUGCUAGUUUACAGAGACUUUAUUAUUUAUUUGUCUGUGUUCUGUCUUUUUCUCGCGACAGCAACAACGACAACGUUUAUCAUUCGAUGCAUUUUUCUUCCUUUUCAUUACAUUGGCCGCUAGCCUAAGAGCCUGGCCAAACGGUGCAUGAUAGUCGAUGAUAGUUGAAUGAUUCUCCCCGAAUUUUCACCGACUAUCAUCAACUCUCAUCGACUAUCAUGCGCCAUUUGACCAAGGCUUAACUCCCGAACUGCAAAAAAUUGCCUACAAAUAAUGGCCUGCUCAUGCAUAAGUGUAACUACGCUGUAGUGUGAAAAAUUGCAGAUAGCUUCCCUGAGAUGUCAGAGAGUGAUUUAAAUAUGAAAACAAACUUGGUGAUCGAAAAACGAAACAAUUACUGAACUCGGUUAUCGAAAAAUAUCGUGAUUUCUCACUGUUUCGCUGUUCAAUUAUUUGCCUUAGCCGAAUGAUUUACCUGCUCGCCACUGAAAAGUCAUAUUACGUUCAAACUCAUCCAAUAGCUGUUAAUUAUUUUUAUCACAAGAAAUAAAAAAGUAACCACAAAAAAGUCAUCAAACUGGGCACUAGUUUCCCAAGAUAAUCACAUAGUGCUCUACAUGUACUUGCUUGGCAGCUGAACAAUUCCACGUCGAUUUCGACACAGAAUAACCGGUUAUAAGUGGGAAUCCGUGCUCGUCGCUCGCUAGGAGAUCGAAAUUAGGCUUCAACCUCCGCUUGAAUCCCAGCAAAAAUCAAAAGAUGCAAAUACGAAUCCUCCUUGUCAGAAUUUUGUUUGUCCAACAGGAUCAAACCAGAAGCCGUGUCACGUAAAUUUUAUUUUAUUUCCACUUUAGUUCUUAGCUCAUAUGAUAUAUAUAACCUAUUGUGUCACAAAAAUGAUAACAACGUGUUCACCAUGGGCAUUUUCUUGAUACCAUGAUCGUAGCAUCAAGAGAUAAAGUGUGGUUAUAAUAACCCAUCAAAAUCUAAGUCUUGCAAACAGCUGGAAACUCUUCUGAGCACCUUUAAUAAGGCUAGCAAUGUUUUAAUUUGAAAGUGAAGAAUGAUCGUCGCAGUUAA